AUGACCGACGAAAGGGAAACGAAGGAGAUUAGCAAGGAGAUCGAGGCUACGGAUACGGAAGAGGACCCCGGAUUCGGAAAUGAGCUUCUUAAGGACCCUGGAAGAGGACGGACCACCGGCAAUUAUAUCGGUAACCCUUUACCGAUCAGACCAUUAGCUAGGCAUAAUACGCUUGCGUACGGUACUCCAGGCGCCCUUGACGAUAAUAGUGACGAUUUCCUUGAGCUAAGAGCAACUGACCCUCACCUAAAAGCAAAGGAGUUGGCCUUGUUUGCAAGAAGCUUUCUUAAGGAACUAAAGUAUUCGAGACCCGACGAUAACUUCAAGACUCAAUUAAGUUUAAAGGACGAUCGAAGUUUUGCUGAUAAGCUGUAUUCAGCUUGUAAAAAUGUGCUAGAGAUUACGAUUGCACGAAUGAACUUUGCGUUUACCUUUACCGCCGUAGUUGCCGACAUCCGCCGAGCAAUUGCAUUUGCAACUAAGUCCUCUCGACCCGCUAAAGCUAGAGCUUACGCGAGCUCUAGCGAGCCACACGACUACACCUGCUUUUAG